UAAUUUAAUAGGACAUCGUUUCCAGCAAAAUUCUUUGCCCAAUUCCUGCAAAGGCAAAAUUAACUUCUACGAGCGCAGCUUAUCUACAAAAUUCUGAAGCGUGAGGUCAUUAGUUCGUUGGAACUACUGCUAGCCACAAUCAUUUUUACAUAUUUAUGGCAACGGCAGCGGCUACGGCGACGGUGGCAGUGGCCGCCGCAGCUGCUUCUAAGAUUAUAAGAGGCGGCGGACUGAGAGUGGGUGUCUGCAGUCGCCUGGGUAUGGAUAUGGUUCGCAAUCGUCCAUUUAGUAUCAAGACCGCAACGCUAUUUUCACCAAGGCACCAUCGAUUUUCCUGUUUUUGCACCACCGCUAAUGUUAAUGUGAAUGCGGAAGAGCCCACAUCAGUUUCCACCGCCACGAACACAGCAUCUGAAUCGGGAUUGGAUGGGGAUGUUGGCAGUAUAAGAGAUGCAGCCAAGAUGCUCGACAUAAGGGUUGGCCGAAUCAUCAAAGCGUGGAGGCACGAGGAGGCAGAUACCCUUUAUGUGGAGGAGGUGGAUGUGGGGGAGGAUGAACCUCGUAUCGUUUGUAGUGGGCUUGUUAAGUACAUCCCUCUCCACCAUCUCCAGGAUAGGAAAGUGGUGGUGCUUGCUAACCUUAAGCCUAGGAACAUGCGUGGGGUCAAAUCGAGUGGAAUGCUCAUGGCUGCUUCCGAUGCUUCUCAUGAGAAUAUUGAGCUCCUUGAGCCUCCUGAAGGUUCUAUUCCGGGGGAAAGGAUUUGGUUUGGCGCUGAAGACGACCAACAAAAUCAACCUGAUCCUGCCACUCCUAACCAGAUUCAAAAGAAAAAGAUUUGGGAAUCAGUGCAGCCUCAUCUCAAGACAGAUUAUUCUUGUCUGGCUAUGCUUGGGGAGCAUUUAAUGCGGACUUCUGCAGGUGUGGUGGGGUGCAGAUCGCUGAAGAAUGCAAAUAUUUCUUGAAUGAGCUUGGAAAUUCGUGUCACUUAGUUUUUCAUUUCUUCUUGGUGCGAAAUUUUCCUAGCUGCAUUUGUUUCUUCCUUGUCUAGCUUGGCAAAGUUAAUGUGGAUAUUAGCAUAUGCUUGCUACAAUUUCUGAUGGUCACAGUUUUAUCGGUUCUUUUAUGUCUUUGUGAUAACAUAUCUUUGAAUUAUUUGCAAGCAAUUUAGUUUAGACAUUGAGUUA